GCGUGUACUUUGUUUCCUUGUCUUGUGUAAUAAACAAACUGUUACAGAUUAAUAAAGAAAGCUUCUGAUUAAUACAUAGUCCUUACAGAGUCAGUGAGUGUUACUUAACACAAGACAAGAGUAGAGGGCUUAAGAUGGGUGUUCUGUUAUUAACUGGAAUAGUUCACAUCUAGUAACGUUAGCUCCCACAAGUAUUUGGAUUCUUAAAUCACACUUAAAAAUGUGUUAAUAUAAUUGUAUUACAAAAUAGCAAACUAAAAGUUCUCAAGUAUCUUUAUCCAGAGCUAUUUUGCAAUUGCUAUAAAGCAGCAAGGUUAUUUAAGUGGAUGUACAAAGUAGUUUCCCUUCAGGUUUACCCAGGCAUACUUCUUCACAUUAACUACCAACACUUCACAAGUGCAUCACACUGUCACACUGAUCUCCCGCAGUGACCCACACACACACACACACACACAUCCCGCUCCACUGCCCAUUACCUUUCAAAACACACACACUGACCCGACCCAGCAGAACGAGAGCUAACUACAACUUACAGCCGGGUUUGUGAUGUAAAGUUGUAUAGCAGGAAACAGCCUCAUCUUUGACGUGGUUUCUAAUACUGAAAUAAUCAGAUUUAACAACGUUUGUCUGGGCUAGUCAUGAUUAAGGUUGGGAAGAGAGAGAUGUGUUAGCUUUCAAGUAAGUUUGCAAUAAUAAAAAAAAGCACGAGCCUGCAUCUCUAGAGCCGGUUGUACAAAUCCCCCGAGAUUUAUCAAAACACUUCACUGUUUUGGCUUUUACAUGAGAAAAAACCACUCCAGUCUUGUUUAUCCACUGCUGAUUUUUUGACAGAUAACUUGUGUGAUGUGUGAUCUGUCAUCAUGAGUGAGAGUGACCUGCUUCAUAAACACCAACCACAUUAACUUGUUAUUAACAUAACAUAACAUACAGCUUCUCCCAACAGUCGGAGUCAUGAGAUCACAUUUAAUAAUAACCCCGCAAACAAUGAUUACAGCCUUUGUGUUUCACACAGAUGUAUUUUUAUAUCCUAAUUUACAUUAAAAGACAGAUGGUGACUUGAGCAGGUUCUUCAGAGAAAAUACGCAAAUGUUCGAAGUGACUCGUGUUUUGGCAACACCCAAAUAAUGGCACAAGGAAGCACUGUUUCAUAGGGCAAAGCAUCUUGUUUUUUCACAUAUGGUUUAGGGUGUCAGUAAUUGUUACUUGUCAAGUUUGCAUUUACUGUGAGUAUGUUGUCUCUAUUAGGAUUGCACAAAAUCAGAAUAUUCUGGUCUCUAGAUAUGGCUCAGGUGCAAUGCAAGUCUAUGGGAUUUAACAUGAAAGUUAAUGUGUAGCACUGUCACUGCAGUCACAUUUCUACUGAAUGACUAUGGCUUGUAAAAUGUUGAAUUGGAGUAGAUUUUCUGUUGCUGCAUCCAAAGGGCAAGCAGUUCACACUCUUUGUAACUUUGGUACACGGUGCUUGGUAUAUCACAAUGUCUGAAUUCCCUAUCAGUCUACCCUUCCUCUUUUUUUUUCUUAAGUAAACGUGUGUAUGAGUUUGUUCUUCUUCAUUCCAUCAAUGACUCAUUUGUGAUUUCCUUAUUUUCUCUAUCUGUGCCGAGCGGGCUGGUGACCUCUGAACCUCCGUAGGUGUGCUUGAUCGAUGAGCGCAGAGCUGCAGUACGUUUUACAGAUUUGUCUACUGCGAAGAGAAAAUUUGCAGAGUCAUUGAACGAGUUUAAAUUCCAGUGCAUUGGGGAUGCAGAAACAGACGAUGAGAUAUGCAUUGCCAAAUCACUACAGGAGUUUGCUGGAGUCUUACAGAACCUGGAAGAUGAGAGGACACGAAUGAUUGAAAAUGCCAGUGAUGUGUUGAUUUUGCCACUGGAACGUUUCAGGAAGGAGCAGAUUGGAGCUGCAAAGGAAGCCAAAAAGAAAUAUGAUAAAGAGACGGAGAAAUAUUGUACAGUGUUGGAGAAACAUCUCAGUCUGUCAGCGAAGAAGAAGGAAGCACACCUUCAUGAAGCGGAUAACCAGGUGGACAUCGUGAGGCAUCACUUCUAUGAAGUCUCGCUGGAAUAUGUCUUCAAAGUGCAGGAAGUUCAGGAGAGGAAAAUGUUUGAGUUUGUGGAGCCGCUGCUGGCUUUUCUACAAGGUCUGUUUACAUAUUAUCAUCAUGGGUACGAACUGGCCAAAGACUUCAACCAUUUCAAGACAGACCUCACAAUCAGCAUUCAAAAUACACGGAACCGGUUCGAGAGCACACGUUCAGAGGUGGAAUGUUUGAUGAAGAAGAUGAAGGAAAACCCGCACCAACAUAAGAGCAUCAGUCCACACACAAUGGAAGGAUACCUGUUUGUGCAAGAGAAACGUUCAUUUGUGUCCACAUGGGUGAAGUACUACUGCAUCUAUCACCGAGAGCCCAAACGCAUGACCAUGAUGCUGUUUGAUCAGAAGUCUGGAGGCAAAAAUGGGGAUGAGGAAAGCUUUACGCUCAAAUCUUGCACCAGAAGGAAAUCAGACUCCAUCGAGAAGCGGUUCUGUUUCGACAUUGAAGCUGUGGACCGGCAAGGCGUGAUCACCAUGCAGGCGCUGUCAGAGGAAGACCGCAGACUCUGGAUGGAAGCCAUGGACGGAAGAGAACCGGUAUACACCCUGAAUCGUGACAGCCAGAAUGAAGCUAUGGCACAAUUAGAUGUCAUUGGCUUCAACGUUGUCAAAAAAUUCAUCUAUGCCAUAGAAACCAGAGGUAUUGAUGAACAGGGUCUAUACAGGAUUGUCGGUGUCAACUCCAGAGUGCAGAAACUACUCAGCCUGGUCAUGGACCCCAAAACCUGUGCAGAUGUGGAGCUGAAUAGCACAGAAUGGGAGAUCAAGACCAUCACCAGUGCAAUAAAGCACUACCUCAGGAUGCUGCCGGCCCCUCUCAUGACAUUCCAGUACCAGAGGAGCUUCAUCAAAGCAGCCAAGCUGGACAAUCCCGAGGCGAGGGUGGCAGAGAUCCACUCCAUAGUGCACCGUCUCCCAGAGAAGAACCGCCAGAUGCUGGAGCUUCUCAUGAAACACUUGGCCAAAGUGGCCGGUCACCACCAGCAGAACUUGAUGACGGUGGCUAACCUGGGCGUAGUGUUCGGCCCUACGCUCCUGAGGCCUCAGGAAGAGACUGUCGCUGCAAUCAUGGACAUCAAGUUCCAGAACAUUGUGGUGGAAAUCCUAAUCGAGAACCACCAACGGAUUUUCAAAGACAUGCCCGUGUCUGAAGGAGGUCAGGGCAACUCCCAGCCUAACCCGCCCAGACGGAGAAGUGAGGGCAGCAAGACCCCGUCCUGCAGCGAGAGACCCCUCACUCUUUUCCACACCUCCUCAUUUUCAGACAAAGACAAAGCAGUGGAGAAGAGGAACAGUGUUGUAGUAAACUCCAGUGCAGACUUGUCAUCAGUAAACUGCAACAGCGCACUCAGUUGCUCUCGACUCGACAGCCCACCCACAGGAGACGGAGACCACGAUGGGCUUCAGCUGCCCAAGCAGAGUCGGCCUAGCUCACUUCAAAAUCCAAAGGUUCUCAGCAGUGUGUCGACAGGCCCGGCUUCACCCAGUCCCACCUCGCCUCGCUCCCCCUCGUGGCCGACGCUCUCUGCCCCCUCCAGCGAGUCGUCCCCCGUCAGUCCUCCGGCACGAAAGGCACGUGCACUCUACGCCUGCAAGGCUGAACAUGACUCGGAGCUGUCCUUUAUCGCAGGCACUGUAUUCGAGGAUGUUCAUUCCUCAAGAGAACCAGGCUGGCUGGAGGGCACUUUGGAGGGGAAGAGGGGGUUAAUUCCGGAGAACUACGUGGAGUUUGUCUAGCUGGAAGUCAAUGAGAGCGGGGACACACAGUUUGCUUUUGAAACGACUGAACUUCGCAAGAAAAGCCGAGUUAGUAUGUCUGUGUGAUAGUAUGGGUUUUUGGCAAUCCCCUAGCGCGUCACUGUUUCAUGCAUCCCACAAUGCAUUGCCACUUUUUAAGACAAACUUCAACACAAGGUAAAAAAAAAACCUAGGGACCAAGCUGAUGUGGCUAACUUGCCCGCAAUCAAGAAAUUGUGUAUUUAGGGGCUCAUUAUGAAUUUAUUUUAAUUACUAAUAAAUAAUGCUUUUAUAUGUGAGCACUUCCCAGUUCACCAUGAUGUAAAACGUGUGCUGUCUCUAUGCAGUCUGGGGCUUUCUGAAUGUAUUUUGUGUCCUUCAGAUGACUGUUAAUUAUGAAAAGAAAACUCUUGCACUCUUUUGUAUAUCAGGAAGCAUUUGAAAAAAAAAAUAUUCCAAGUUGUUUUCUCCUUUCUUAGCAUGUAAGUGGAAAAGUGUAAAUUAUUUCUUAACGUGAAUUAACAUCGUAUGUAUACCUCUAUUAUUUAAGCAUCCCCUCUGAUGAGAUUCGUGUUUGUUUGGAGUGUAUUAACAUUGUACAUAAGUGACAAUUGAUAAGGUAUAAUUUUUUUGGUAAUGUAAAUUAUACAUAUUUUUAUUGUAGCACACUAACUUGAUAUUUUAUCGUUUUUUCUAAUUAUUAUAUUACAUUUUCUGAGCCUUAAUAUUCUUUAUGAUGUCAAAUAAAUAAAUAAAUAGUUCAG